AUGGCCACCUCCACCUCCACCUCCACCUCCGGGGGAGGCGGGGCACGGCCGUGGCGUACCGCGCUUCUCACCCUCCGCGAUGAGUCAGUCGCCUCGCCCUCCCCUCCGGCUCUCCUCGCGCUCCUCCGCCGCCUCCUUCUGCCCCCCUCCUCGCCAUCCCUCGCGGCCUCCGCCGCCGCGCUCUCCCCUCACGAGGUGGGCUCGGAUGUGGCGUUCCUCGCGGAGAAGGCCGCGGCGGUGGCCCCCUGUGCUGGCGCCGCCGACGCGCUGCGUGGCGUCUGCCACCUGAUUCGUGAGGUCAUGUGCAAGACAAAUACGGAGAUUGACUCUUCUGGCUGGCUUGCAGUGUUAACGUUUCUUCAUGAGCUUGUGAAGUGUUCAGUUGAGGGUGCAUGCCUUAAGGGUCACUGUGAUAGGACAUCUGCACUGAAUACACUAUCUGAUUGUUUGCAAAUUCUCAGGUUUUUGAGCAAGGAUCUUGGAAGAGGUGGUUCAUUAACUGAGAAUUCACAUGUACUCAGAGUUCUUAUCUUGAUCAUAUCAUGCUUGCAAGCUGAACUGAACAUGACAGAUAAAUCCAAUGGUCCUGGCAUUUCCUCCCACAUUUCUGUAUCAACGAAUAAUAAAAAUUAUAAUACCUGGGAUAUGGAAAUCUCUGCAUUUUCGAUGAUGGAAGAUAUACUAUGCAAGAUUGCAUCGAGUAUGUCGGAAGUUUUAUGGCAGUCUGUUGUUGAGGUCUUGAGAAAAGUUAUGGACUCUGUGACAGCAAGGAACCUUAUUAUUGAGAGUAGCGUUAUGUCAAGAUUUUAUACUUCCUUUCUUCGUUGUCUGCAUUUCGUUCUUUCAGAACCGAAAGCUUCACUUUCAGGACAUGUAGCAGGUUUCGUGGCAAAUUUGCAAAUGUUUUUUGUGUAUGGGCUAAGGUCAUCUUCGCCAUCUGCAAUAACUCCAAAGGAAAACAAAACAGACUCACAAUCCAGGGGUUCUGGCCGUGGACGAUAUAAACCACCUCAUUUACGAAAAAAGGAUGGAAAAACAAAUGAUUCAUUGGACGAUCGAAGUUCAGAUAGUGAAUCUUCUCGAUAUGAUUUAGGCUCUUCAGAUUCAGAUCUGAGCGAUACUGAUGGAUAUGCAAAAAGUGGAGACCGUUUCAGGAGUUCGAAAGCUAGACUAGCUGCCAUCCUUUGUAUACAGGAUAUUUGUCGUGCUGACCCAAAAUCACUUACUUCACUGUGGCCAUUACUUUUGCCUGAGAACGACGUUCUCCAACAAAGAAAAUAUCGAGCUACUCUGAUGACAUGCUUGAUUUUUGACCCUAUAACAAAGGUACGUGUUGAGGCAGCAUCGACGAUUGCUGCCAUGCUGGAAGGGCAGGCCUUAGUUUUGACACAAGUUGCAGAGUAUAAAGAAUCAUCGAAACUUGGAUCUUUCACUACGUUAUCUUGCUCGCUUGGUCAAAUUCUGAUGCAGCUGCACACAGGUAUGAUGUUCUUGGUACAGCGUGAAACUCAAACUACAUUGCUUGCAGCAGUGUUCAGAGUUCUCAUCCUUCUGAUAUCUGCUACACCGUACCCUCGAAUGCCGAAGGAGCUGUUGCCAACUGUCAUUACAGCCAUGUGCGGUAGAUUAUUAGACAGGAACUCAAAUAAAAAUGAACAUUAUGCUUUGCUGGUUAAUGUUCUAAGUUGCUUGGAGGCAGCAUUUGCAAAGGGGCCACCUUCUUCAGAUGUCUUUGGAGUUCUCAUUGAUCACUGUGCAGGGCCAUCACUUGCUCAGCAGAAGUCAAGUGUCGUAGUUAUUCUUCUUCAUUGUAUAGAAGAGGAAAUGCAUUUCAGUGUUAGGUGUGGAGCUCUCCAGGUGUUGAGAUCAGUGGUUCAUAAUUACCCAAGCUGUGCAAACAUCAUUUGGGAAAAAGUUCGAGAUAUCGUUCUUGAUUUAUUGCAAACGGAGAGCUUUGAAGACCAAAAAUGUGAUGCUAACUUUGGCCCCCCUAAAGAAGAAUUAUCUACUAAAGGAAGAUGUCUUGUAGCUGGUAUUAAGGUAAUUGAUGAGUGUCUGCGUGUUUCAUCUGGAUUCAAGGGUGCGGAUGAUCUCAAAGAGUGUAGAUUGCUGGAUAUUCAGCAAUUUUCAGACUGCACUGUAAAUAAAAGUAUUAAAUCUGCGCCUCACUUUGAAAUUGAAACCCCUGGACCAUCACAAAACUGCUCUUUGGACAUUACACUUGGAACCAACCGUUGGACUGAGGUGUUAGAAACUCAUCUCCCUCGGGGAUUAUCACAUGCCUCUGCUAUGGUCAGGACAGCAUCACUCACAUGUUUCGCGGGCAUGACCUCUGAUGUUUUCUUCUCCCUACCAGUAAACAAGAGAGAUUAUGUGACCUCCUCAUCUGUUCAUGCAGCAUUGAGUGAUGCAGUUGCUACAGUGAGGUCGGCUGCAUGUCGAGCCAUUGGUAUUGUUUCAUGUUUCUCCCAAAUAUUGUCGAGUCCUAGCCUACCUGGCGAGUUCAUAAAAGCCAUUGACUUCAAUACACAAAAUUCAUCAACUCCAGUCCGUAUCACUGCCUCGUGGGCUUUGGCCAAUCUUUGUUCUUCUAUUCGUUUCAGAGCAUUGGAACUACAAACAGAUCCGACUGCAGAUCUACUUGAUAAAUCAACAAUUUCAUUGCUGGUUGAAAUUGCUUUGCGCCUAACCAAAGAUGGCGAAAAAGUAAAGUCAAAUGCCGUUAGAGCCCUUGGAUAUCUGUCAAGAUUUAUCAGAUUCAAUCAUCAUUGUGAUGCAGUUGAUGAUUCAAGGAAUUCUGUUUUCUAUGGAGAUCCUGUCUGUCUUCAAACAAUAGUACAGGCUUUGAUGUCUUCUGUGACUACUGGAAAUGUAAAGGUUCAGUGGAAUGUUUGUCAUGCUCUUAGUAACUUAUUCAUGAAUGACACCGUGAGACUUUCAGAGAUGCAGUGGGCAUCAAGUGUUUAUAGCAUACUUCUACUAUUACUCCGUGACUCAAACAAUUAUAAAAUAAGGAUGCAUGCGGCUGUUGCUUUAGCAGUGCCAGUCACAAGGCUUGAUUAUGGUAGCUCCUUUCCAGAUGUUGUCAGAGGCCUCACACAUGUUCUUGAGUCAUUAAGUUCGAACAGUUCAUCAUCGCCUUCAAAUUUCAAACACCGGGACAACCUUGAGAAACAGCUUACGUUUACUGCUCUGCAUUUGCUUGGUUUUGUUUCACCGAAGGAUGACCAAAGCCUGAAAGAUUUUCUUAUCAAGGUUUCUACUCUAGCCCUGUGUAAUAUGCAUGCACUGAAGAAAUACCCCAUAAAGGCAUCCUUUCUGGAAGACUGGCUGAAGGGUUUAUGCUCAGCAUUCAAUAGUGCCGAGGACCAGCCUCUGGCAAGCGAGACCAUAAAUGACGAGGAUGGUUUCAGCCCAAAUGUGUCACAGAAAGUUAUGUUAUCUUCUGCUGUAGUGUCCUUGCUCAAUGUAUAUACAAGUGGAAACCAGCAAGUUAUUACUCAGAGAUUUGAGCAAUUGGCUAGAAGCACAGCGUGA